GCGGGGCAGGGGAGCCCUAUAAUUGAAGGAGCCUGGGAUCCCAGAACCCUGCUCAGCUCCCGCGGACUCAAAGGACAGGGUUCUCCUGGAGCCGAAGGACCAACCGCUGGCAGAAAGAUGAAGGCUCUGUGGGCCCUACUGGUGGCCACGCUCCUGGCAGGAUGCCAGGCCGAGAUGGAGCUGGAGCUGGAGCCAGAGGUGCAGGAGUGGCAGGUGGGACAGCAGGCCGGACAGCAGGCUGGACAGCCCUGGGAGCUGGCCCUGGGCCGCGUCUGGGAUUACCUGCACUGGGUGCAGACGCUCUCUGAUCAGGUGCAGGAGGAGCUACUCAGCUCCCAGGUCACCCAGGAACUGACGGUGCUGAUAGAAGAGACCAUGAAGGAGGUGAAGGCCUACAAAUCGGAGCUGGAGGAGCAGCUGAGCCCCAUGGCGGAGGAGACGAAGGCCCGGCUCUCCAAGGAGCUGCAGGCGGCGCAGGCCCGGCUGGGGGCGGACAUGGAGGACGUGCGCAACCGCCUGGAGCAGUACCGCGGCGAGGUGCAGGCCAUGCUGGGCCAGAGCACCGAGGAGCUGCGGGCGCGCCUGGCCUCGCACCUGCGCAAGCUGCGCAAGCGGAUGCUGCGCGAUGCCGAGGACCUGCAGAAGCGCCUGGCCGUGUAUCAGGCCGGGGCCCGCGAGGGUGCGGAGCGCGGCGUGAGCGCCAUCCGGGAGCGCCUCGGGCCGCUGGUGGAGCAGGGCCGCCUGCGGGCGGCCACGGUGAGCAACCUGGCCAGCCAGCCGCUGCGGGAGCGCGCCCAGGCCUGGGGCGAGCGGCUGCGCGGGCGGCUGGAGGAGGUGGGCAGCCGCGCGCGCGACCGCCUGGACGAGGUGCGCGAGCAGGUGGAGGAGGUGCGCGCCAAGGUGGAGGAGCAAACCGCACAGAUGCGCCUGCAGGCUGAGGCCUUCCAGGCCCGCCUCAAGAGCUGGUUCGAACCCCUGGUGGAAGACAUGCAGCGCCAGUGGGCCGGGCUGGUGGAGAAGAUGCAGGCGGCCAUGGGCACCAGCACCGCCCCGGCCUCCAGCGACAAUCACUGAGCUCACUCUGCCCUGCUCUGCCUGCCCCGGCAGCAGGAGGCCCUGUCUGCACCGCGGCUGGCCUCCACGUGGCCCCUGCUUAAUAAAGAUUUACCAGGCUUCACGGCAA